AUGGGAUUUUCGAGUUUGACUGCAGACCCGGAGAUGAGGUUGUGCUCUGGCAGCUUGGAGCUUCGAGAUCGUGGCAUGCUCCUCGCGGCCCUCUCGGCCGGUGUGGAGCUCCAAGGACUCCACGCGCAAGCUUGGACAGCUUGGAUUCCUUUCCGAGUGGCCGUGGCUCUGACGGGAACUCCUUGGACCGACUUUGCAGACCUGCUUCCGCCACCUGACACUCCAUGGGUGCCACCAGAAGAGAACGGUUUGGGUGAAGUCUUCCUCAAAGUGGACAGAAGUGGCAAGAUUGGGAUGCUCUAUUUGUGCAAAGACCUGCUGGAAAUCGUCCAGACAGCUCAAGUCUCCUUGGCUGCUUUGGAUGUCAUGAUCAAUCAUCACGGCGAUGAAACAGAUUUUCUGUCACUGUUGGAGUGCGCGAUUCUCCUGGGGCAAUCCGACUGUGCGGCUUUGCUCGCAACAGAAGGUGUUGAGCUGUCCUACGAAGGCAGCGAACUCUUGCUGAUGGAUAGUGUGCUGGAUUGGGCGCCCCAGUGGCGGCCUGCGGCGAUGGCAGCAGCCCACGUGGCGCUGUCUAAAACGUGGAAAGUGGAGAUUGCGGCCAAAGGAAUUGCAAUCUACCAGUUGAUGAAGAAGCUUGCAAGAAACCUUUUCCAGCUUCGCUGGUGGAUGAGGUGGUGGCUUUGUCGAUGGACGCGCCGAAGAUCAUCAAGGAUUUAG